UCGUCGAGAGGAGCCAGGUCUUCCUCCACCUAUCUGUGACGAUAAAGACGCUGAUGGGCUGUUGAAAAGUAACACUUCUCCGCAGAGCCAAAGGUUGAGCCCCGGGGAGGGCAGGGAGUCCCUCUCGCACACGAAAUAUGUCUUUUUAUGCGUUCUCAAGCUUGUCCCGCUGCCCGGUACAAGUGGCGAAAUGAGGCGAGGAUUAUAACGUUUCAUCGUCGGCGGCAAGCUCCGGCGGUGGGCCGGUCGCUUGUAUUAACGAGUUCCGACCCGGCCAUUUCCCCCUCGGGAGGGGAGGGCAGACAGGGGAUGUCUGAGGAGGAGGUCCGCCAGACACGCAGCCAGAAGAGGGCGCUGGAAAAAGAUGCUGCACCCCAGGCUCCAGAAUCUUCCACUGCUAACAACGAGAGCAAAAAGCAGAGGCUGGACCCGUCUGAACCAACUGCUCAGGCGCUAAUUGCAUCUGACCCCGGACUGGAACAGGAUAGCCAGAGUCCGAUCGAGACUGGAUCAAAUGAGGGGCCAGGCCAGAUCCUGGCACUAGCAAUAAAGGACGAAGUCCCCCAUGAACCGAACUCGGACAAUCGGACUGGAUACAAUGACAAAGCUAGCAGGGCACUUAAGGUGGAGUCAGACAUGGACACCAAGAACCACUUCCAGGUGACGGAGCCAAAGGCCUCUGGUGGCCUGUUGGCUGCGGGCGAGGUGAAGGCCACCAUCAAAGUCGAAGUUCAGACUAAAGAGCAGCCUGUGGACAUGAGCACCUCCAAAAGUAUUAAAACGGAAAAGCGGCCUCCAUCUCCUGAGGGGGACGACGACGACGAUGAUGAUGAUGAUGAUGAUGAUGAUGAUGUCAUCAUCCUGUCAGAUAAUGACUCCCCGAGUCCUCCUAUGAAUGGUCUGAGCCACUUGAAGGAGCUGAACACGGACCUCCUCAUGAAGAGCAGCCCGGCCGAGCGGGAGCGCAUCAUCAAGCAGCUGAAAGAAGAGCUGAGGAUGGAGGAGGCAAAGCUGGUGCUGCUGAAGAAACUCCGACAGAGCCAGUUACAGAGAGACACUCUUCAGAAGUCUUCGGGGGUGUCCACUUCCUCUGCUCCUCCUCCUUUAAUACGCGGGAGUAUCACAAGCGGUAGAGGCUCACAGCAGCUUGCGACUGGCAGGGGUUCAGGCACGGUCAUCCCCCCGCCUUUGGUGCGUGGAGGGCAGCAGGUGUCGUCCAAACACGGCUCCCAAAUCAUCAUGCCGCCUCUGGUCAGAGGCGCACAGCCCAUCUCUGUGUCUCCACAGCAGAUCCAGGCUCUCCGCCAGCAGCAGCAGCAGCAGCAGCAGCAGCAGCAGCAGCAGCAGCUGGCGUCCACUGGAAGUGGAGGCUCUGGGCCGCCUCCCUUACUUUUGGGGACCAGGACCUUGGCCCAAGCCGGCCAAGGCCAGAGAAGCAUGGUGCAGGCGGGCCUUAUCAGGAUAGGAACUAGUGCAAACUCACUGGCCUCGACCACUUUGAAGGUUUCCUCCUCGGGGAGCGGCGGCGUGACUCUGGUCGGCGCCAACGACAGCCCGGCCAGUCGCCAAGCCGCGGCCAAACUGGCUCUGCGGAAGCAACUAGAGAAGACCCUCUUGGAGAUCCCGCCCCCCAAGCCCCCUGCUCCGGAGUUCAACUUCCUGCCCUCGGCGGCCAAUAACGAGUUCAUCUACUUGGUGGGACUGGAGGAAGUGGUCCACAACCUGCUGGAUAGCAUUCACAGAGGAAAGACGGGCGCACCGCCCACCAAGCCCAGCAUCAGAGACCCCUUCAAGUGCACCCAGUGCCACACCGACUUCACAUGCAGGUGGCGGCAGGACAAAGCCAAAGGAGGCGUCGUCCUCUGCGCGGACUGCAUGUCGUCCAAUCAGAAGAAAUCCCUGAAAGCCGAGCACACCAAGAGGCUCAAAGCGGCGUUCGUCAAAGCGCUGCAGCAAGAGCAGGAAAUCGAACAGCGCAUUAUUCAGCAGACGUCCUCUUCCAUCUCGCACGGCGGCUCGUCGUCGCUGAAGGCGGAGCAGCUGGUGGCUCAGCAGCUGAAGCAGGCUCAGGCCCGAGCGUCGUCCAUGCACCGAGGAACCAACGUCAUCCACCACCACUCCAUCAAGAGCACCCAGGGCCAGCUGUCCCACAGCAACGUUGUCCGCAGCGUCGCCCACUCCUUCUCCUCCUCCUCCCAGCUGCAAAGCGCCGUGGCGGCCGCCGCUUUGGUCAGCCGGCCAGGUAAGCACGUGACCCAGCGCUCUGUCCAGAUUUCAAAGGUGAGCAGCAGUGGAGUCGGCGGCAGCAGGAAUGUGAGCGGAGGAGUUAGUGCCUCAUCCACUGCAUGGAAGAAGCAGAGCAACAGCAACAAAGGCGUGACCAUGGCCUACGUGAAUCCCAGUCUGAGCGGACACAAGACCUCGGCCAGCGUGGACGCACGCCAAAGGGAGUACCUGCUGGACAUGAUCCCCUCACGCUCGUCCAUCUCGCAGACUGCAAACACAUGGAAAUAAACAAAUAUCAACACAAAAGAGAACAUGCCAUUGAUCCCGGUAUUUGUACAAUAACAUGGUCAACAGCGCACCCUGGAGGAACAUUCGGCAAUUACAGUCUGAAAGUGAAGAAAUCUCCCUUUUUUUUUCUUUUUUUGGUAUGAGUUCUUCUUUUCUGUUAGUUUUAAGUUUUGCUGUCCUGUUUUUAUACGAUUGGGGCAAACAACAACAAAACUGGUAAAUGUGUCUGGAAUUUAAAAAAAAUUGACUAUGGUUAUUGUUUUUCACGGCAAAGUUGUUUUAAGGCUAAUCACAAAGGACAGGAGUUGUAAAAUGUUUCAUUACAUUCAAGGUGGAAUUUAUUUUGUAUUGACAAUAAGUUAUUUUUUUGUCUUUUUCUUAUUGGACUGAUGUUUGUAUCUGUGGUUGUUUCCACAGAUGCAGAGGGGUUAUUUUAGCUUUGUUUUCUUCUUUCUGUUUAGCAGCAUGCCUAACUUUUAAAUCCAUGUUCAUGUUUGGCACCUUCGUUAAAGAAGCGUGGUGCUAUCAUCUGUAAUUACCAUUACUUUAUUUUGCUGUCAACAUUUUCAUUUGUUUUAUCUUUUGAGAGUAAACACAAUCUCUGAAGGACUUUCCUUUUCCAUCUUGAAAAGAGAAAUAGGAAUAUCUCUACCUUUAGAACAUGGGAAGCACAAGAUCAUUAUUUCGAUUUGUUUUGUUUUUAAGUCUAACCGAAUUGCAUAGUUUCCCUAAACUGCAUUGUGCAAAUUAAUGUUAAAAAUUAUUGGUUUACUUUUUUCCUAGCUCCUUAAUAAAUA